AUGAAGCACACAGACCGUAAGGACGACAGAGAGAGCCUCUUUUUAGAACUCUCCACCUUAAACGGAGAGACUGUUCUUCCUUUGCACUCCUCUAUCGCCCUGUUCCUUCUCUCUUACUGCGAGUGCACGUCUUUCCGAGUGUUCCUGGUCUCGUCCGACUGCAGUCGCUCGUGGAAGCAUCUCGUACCCGCGAGUCUGGAGGUUCUUGAGAUCCGAGCCGAGGAGCUGCCGGAGCUGGUGAAAGCAUGCCGUCUCACGGCGGUACUGGACUCAGAAGGGUCCUUCUGCCGUGCUGGCUUGGCUGUGGUUCUGAGACACAUCAUUCAGAGAACGUGUCAGGUCCAGCCCAGUCGGAGGGACGUGGCCUCUUUGCUGGGCUUCAAAAACACCUGUCUGAAGGCUUGCGCUGAGGUUAGCCAGUGGACCAGGCUGUGUGAAUUGGGAAUUCCCUCAGCGGUAGAGUCCCACCUACUGAACCCAACUGACGAGACCUUUCACCUACCUACAGCCAUCCUCCACCUGGAGAAAAAACUCGGGGAGCCUGUUAGGGUCCACAACGACGACAAACUCCGUCGCCAGAAGCUCCAACAGCAGAAGAAAACCUCCUCGCCCUCUGAUCCUGACCAGAAGGGCCCAGUGGAGGAGCUGCAUCAGCAGACCCAAACCUCUACUGAAUCUGAGAGAGAGGGCCCUCUGGUGGAGCUCCGUGGCACUGAGCCCCCUCGCGGAGUAGAGCUCAGCGCUGCUCUGGCCAAGCUCUCUGUGGAGGAACCUACGUCCAGCUCCACCAGAGGGCCCUCUGACAUCAGGAGAGUGAAGACCGCGGAGCUGCCCGAGUUGGAGCAUGUUUUUGCCGAAGGGUUGUACUUCACUCUGACUGACGUUGUCCUGUUGCCAUGUAUCCAUCAAUACCUGACCUCCCUCCAAAAACACUCCCCCUGUGCUCUAUCCCGUGUCCCCCUCCUGCUGCGUUGGUACCGUCGUGUCCAAGACAUCCCCGGAGUCCGCGGGGCCGCAGAGGAUUGUGGGAUGGUUCUCUUUGCUGUCCAGCCCGUUGAAGUCCCUGCCUCCCCCCAGCCGGAGGCCCUCCUGCCCAGUGAUGCUGAGCAGGAAAACCUCAGGCCUCCAGAAAAACCUUUUGUGGGGGGCCCGCGACCCACUCUCACCAAACUCCAAGAGAAUGGAAUCGAGGCCGUCUUCUCUCCUCAUCCUUGCCCUUCGUGGUCUCUCCGCUGGGAAGACCUGCCCACGGCUGUCAACCCCACUGAAGGGAAGAUGUCUGAUACCCGCGCCACGCGCAAACAGCAGCAGCUAAACAACCUGGUUGCCAUGGUAACGGAACUGGCUCAACCUGGCCACACGAUUGUGGAUUUCUGCAGCGGAGGGGGCCACGUUGGGAUUGUUUUGGCCCACACUCUUCCUCACUGUCAGGUUAUUCUCAUAGAAAACAAAGAGGAGUCCUUGCUCAGAGCUAAAGACAGAAGCUCUCAGCUGGGUCUGUCUAACAUCGGCUUCAUUCAGGCCAACCUGGAUUACUUCACCGGAACUUUCCAAAUAGGGGUUGCUCUGCACGCGUGUGGCGUGGCGACGGACAUGGUUAUGGACCGAUGUGUUCUUACACAGGCAGCUUUCGUGAUCAGCCCUUGUUGCUACGGUUUUAUUCAGAACACGCUGAAAUUCAGCUUCCCAAGGAGCAACAAGUUUUCCGAGAUACUCAGUUGUAAGGAACACAUGAUUUUGUGCAGAUUUGCGGAUCAGACGGCGGUUCAGUUGCCUCCGGAGCGUCGUGCGAUAGGAAAGCGUUGUAUGGGCCUGGUGGACCUGGACCGCAGCUGGGCGGCAGAGACUCAUGGGUACACGGUACGAGUCAUCACCAUGGAGCCUGAGAGCUGUUCCCCAAAGAACAACAUGCUGGUGGGCGUGCCUGGGUCUAGGGGCGUGGCCUGA